AUGAGUUUUUCACUGAACUUCACGCUGCCGGCCAACACGACUACCUCUCCAGCUGUUACAGGUAGGAAAGAAGAGGAUUGUGGGCCCUCUAUUGGAUUAGCGGCCGGCAUCCCAUCUCUGGUGGCCACAGCCCUGCUGGUAGCUUUACUGUUUACUCUGAUUCACCGAAGAAGAAGCAGCAGCAGUGAGUCCACUGAGGAAAGUGAGAGGCCAUAUGAAAUUGAUGAAAUUGAUGAAAAUCCCAAGAUAGCUGAGAAUCCUAGGAGAGCACCCACACGUGAGAAGAAUGUGGUGGGAGCAGAGGAAGCUCACAUAUACGUGCAGACUGUCUCAGGAAGCGAGGAGAUCAUGCACGACACUUACCGUCCUACCGUGGAAAUAGAGAGAAGGAGGGGAUUGUGGUGGCUUGUGCCCAGACUGAGCCUGGAAUGA